UUUUCCUCCCCCACCACAACGACACCAUGACUCCGGCAACAUCCAAAUCCAAUUCUCGUGCAUCUCGAUCUCACCGACGCCGCUCUCACAAAGCAAAACAUGGGAAUGGUCUCUUCCCUUCCUCGCAGGCGGCCCGGUUACACAAAUUGCGAUCGCGCCUCGCUCCCAGUGCAUCAUCCCAAGCACAACCCCAAAUACCCUUGAACUCGUCAUUCCUGAUGGGACUUAGUCUUCUCGAAACGCAAGACAUUACUCCAGACAGCAUGGCUCAACUCGUGCAUGAGCCCUCCCAUAUAUCCUCCUCGAAAUAUCCGACCCACCUCCACAUAUCUGCCCCUGCAUCGGAAGACUCAUCCAUCGAGCCCUGGUUAGGAGGCCUAGCUCUUUUAGAUGCAGACGAUAUCACUGUAGACACCAUGGCCAAUUUGGUCGACGGCCCACCACCACCACCCCACUCGACGAAAUUGCGCAUGGCUCAUCAGCUGUCUUCAUCACCGUCCCACCAUACUGAACAUCCUUCAGGUCAGACGUGGCUCCCCGCUCUGGCCCUCAUGGAUGCCGACGACAUCACCCCCGACGCCAUGGCUAGCCUCAUUCAUGGCGCUUCUAAUCCAGGUUCUUCACCACAAGCUCCUCCCCGUAAGGCCCAUCGACGGCGGCCAUCGCGUAGGACGCGGUCCCGCCGUGCGCUUGCUGUCAGGCAGGCGCAAGCACAGCCCCGAUUGGAACAAGACGAGGAUUCAGGCUAUGGAGCAGUUGUCUGGUCGGCCCUCAACAACGAAGCGGCGCCGCUGGAGGAAGCGACCCACAAAGGUGACCCGGCUCACUCGUGCGCUGGGUACCAAACGCCUGGACGUUUCAAACGAAAAUGUCCCACUGUGACGUUUAUCUUCUUUGGCCAGAUAUCGUGUUCCAUGAUCUGCUUUGCUUAUGCACAGACUCAGGAGUUCUGCAGGCCUUCGCACGAACCUUGUCCCGUCUGGUUACGCAUAAUAUUUCGCUGUGGUGUGUCUCUUUCACCAGUUUCUUAUAUUCUAUACAUACAUGUACCAAUUAUGUCCUGUGGCCGUUCCUUCUCCUGUGCGGCCACGGAGAGCUGCAAUACAAUG